AUGUCAAGGACUCAUCGGUUCUCUGAUGACUGUGUGCAGCAAGAGAGAGAGAUUCGCACACUCCACUGGAACUAUGAGUUAAUCCGCUCCCAAGUAAAGACAAAAGUUCCAAUUGUCCUUAUCGUUACAGGUUUGGAAUCCUAUCAACCAGAGACGGAAGACUGGUGGAGGGUUAAUGAGCGAACCAUCUCAAAGCUCGGGAUGACCUUUGUUGGCCACGCAUGUAUUACCACGGCGACAAUGGCAGAUCCUAUGUUUGUGCAGCGCCGCACUCAGUCAUACAACGCUGUCUGCAAACUCAUCGAGCAGUGUCACCCAUCGAAUAAUCACACUGGACCAUCACUACUAUUUAGAAAGACUGCGAGCAACAAUCACCCAAAGGUCGCCAUCAUUGGGCAGGCAAGGGCAGGCAAAAGCUCACUCGUCAAUCUGAUAGCGGGAGAGAACGUAGCUGUUAAGACCAUGCACAAAGGGUAG